AUGGUGGCGCUCCUAGUAGCAACCUCGUCCGACCCUGCUUCCAUCAACCCGGCCAAUGCGCUGUUGGCCAUGCCCGGGUGGCAACCCGGUCCCCAUUUCCAGGAUGAUAUGAAGAGCUUUGUGAAUGAAGGGGUGAGGGUGUUGCUGCAUGGAAAGAGCAUAGUGGCGGAGGAUGAUUUGGACAGGAGGUGGGAAGAUGUGACUGGGGAGGUUGUUGAUGAGGUCAUCUUCUUCAGCAAACACACUGCUGUGUCCAACAAGCCUGCCCUCACUGUUCACCCCAUUGGAGUUCCUCAUUUGCGUGAAGGUGAUGUUCCACCCCAAGGUGGCAGACCUGGAUGGGCAGCGCUGCCAAAUCCUAGGAUGGGGCCUUGGCUUCGCCUUUUGAAAAAUAUUGCUAAGGCUCAUAAUCUUGUCCCUGAAUUCGAGAUUACUUUGGAGGCUACCCACCAUGGACCGUUGACCAAUAAGCCAACCAUGUUUUUGGAGAUUGGAUGGUUUAGAGGUCAAGGUAAAUCUCUGCUUGAUUGUUCCAAGCAAAUGGAUUCUCCUCCUCAAACAUGGACGCUCCACCUUCUUGCUUCCUGGAAAUCACCUUCUUCUGCUCUCUCAGGAUCAUUUCAGCUUCCAGAACAUCCACCUCUCCAGUCAUCUUUGGUGGCAUCUGGCAGUUUGGACCAAUUGCUUGGUAGUACUGAAGAUUACUGGAAGAGACAGGAUGCUGCUCAAGUUAUGGCACAGUUAGUCUGGGAAGGACUUGGACUUGGAGGUAGGACAGAUGUAGGAAACUGGAGCAGGGAGAAUGAUAACAAGAAAAUCCUUCUUGGGAUAGGUGGUGGACAUUAUGCGCCUCGACAUAUGGAUGUAGUAUUGAAAGAUAAUGUAUGGGUGGGUCACCUACUUUCUGGAUAUUCACUGCCAAUGGAAGACUCAAACCAGUCAAAAGGAGAAACAAAUGUGGAGAUUGGUGGAACAUGGAGAGAGUCUAUAAAAGCUGCAUAUGAGGCCACAAAGUCUGCUUUUCCUGGUGGUGAAAUUCUUGCACAUCUAGACCACAAGAGUUUCAAGGGUUGGCAGAGGAAUGCCAUAACAGAUUUCCUUGCGGAGCUGAACAUUAAAAUUGGAAAACCAAAUAACUUCUAUUGA